CGUCAACCCCGCAACCCAAGCAAGCAAGGAGCGAUGGCACACCUUUCUGAUCUACCCGUGUCAAUUCUGAUCGAGAUAUUCGAGUACACCAUCGAGGACUGUGAUUAUCUACCCCUUCUUUUGAUAUCCCGACACCUGCGUGGCAUUGCCGAGGACGUCAUUUACCGCGACAUCACCGAGAACCUGCUGCACGUCCCAGACCCACGUCGCCGGCUCUGCCUCCUCUUCCGAACCCUCCUUCACCGUCCCGACCUGGCGUCUCGCGUCCGCAACCUGACCAUCAAAUGCGCCCGCGACAUCCUGAGCCUACCGGUCCGACCAAGCGCCGCGCAGCAUGAGUUUAUCCAGGAACUGCAGCGGCACCCUGGUGCGACAGCGUGGAUAAGAGCAUGUGAGAACAAUCUCAUCGAGCCAUACAUUAUGCUUCUCAUAAUGUUGACGCCGAACCUCUUACAUCUCGAAAUCGAGGCAGAAUGUACGUCCAGGAUGAUUCCGGAGAUGUUUGAUCCCAAGGCUCUCGCCUUGCUUUCCGAUGACCGGCGAUUUACCUCGCUACGGUCGCUCACGUAUGGCUCUGGGAGGGAUCGCUGGGCGGCUGAUAUGACCCCCUUUGCUUCGGCUGUUCCAUUCCUUUACCUUCCCAACCUGGAAGAACUCCAUCUGACUGGGCUGUUUGGGAGGUUUCAUGGAUGGCUGGAGGGCGGACCACCGACGACGAGAAUAAAGCACCUCUCCCUACGCGGGUUUGCACUCGAUAUGGGGCGGAUCGAUGAGGUCCUUGCUGCGUGCCCGCGCCUGGUAUCAUUUAGACUAGGCGCAAGGUACAAGCCCAGCGGGAUUUUCCAGGCCUACGGCAACUUGGGUCGCGCCUUUCUUCAAGUCCGCGAGACAAUUGAGGUGAUAGACAUUAGCUAUGGCGAGGGGAUCGGGUUCGACAAGAUCAGCCCGCCGACCCCGCAUCCCCACGCAGAAGAGCGAAUGUGCGUGUUUCACGACUUCCCUUCCCUCUAUGAUCUCCGCAUUCCAAUGGUCGCGUACCUCGGAGCGGUUCUGCAAGAGGCUCCAGAUCUGGAGGCCUUCCUGCCAAAAGGGCUAGAGACGCUGCGUUUCUACGAUGACAUAUGGGCUGUGAAUGCGGAGGAGAGCGCUGAGCUGUACUGGUCGACUUUAUUUCACCGGCUGCACAAAGUCUUGAGCAACAACUCUCUACCAAAUCUGUCCGAGAUCAAUUUCUUCAUCCACGAAUCGGCGGGUUGGUUCGACUUUGAAGAGGCGAUUGACGGAAUCAAGGCAGCUGCUGACCGAGCCGGAGUCGCCAUCAGAUACUGGGGGGUUGCUGAUGACCAGUAG